GACGAAAUUAAUUAGACGGAUCAAUCGGGGACUCUAAAGCUGCAGACUAAUUUGUACAUCAAAAAAUACUACCAAACCUUAAGACACAUUUGUAAAUUUUUCAACUUUGAGGCGUACUGGCAUGGCGCCCAAUCCAGACUCUGAUCAACAUAAACGAAAAAGAGACAUAUCUGAUGACAAUGGAAGUCAAGCGCCUCACGCUGAUCGCAUACCACAACCUCCUCCACCACAGUCAGCCCCUAUCAACUAUCUGUCCAAGGCCCAUUCGGUUAAACUUAAGCUCAUACAGGGCGAUAGCGACACCUUCUCCGAUGUUCUCACCCUAGUCAACGAGUAUGAGGGAGUGUUGAAUAGACACGAAAGCCUUGCUUCUAAUUUAGGAGCGAAAUUGACGGGUAGUCGCCUGCUCAAGGCGAUGGAGGGCGCCUUUGAGGGUUCAAUAACGACGACUCCGCCGCAGACGAUAUUUAGCCCUGAUCCUGUCACGUGGCUCGAUAUUGUCGAAUUUGCCAAGGCAAAACCCGGGGAGUUUGUAUUAACACCUUCUCCUAAUGGCGGACGUUGCUGCCAGUUCCCCCUGAAAGGUAUCCAGGUCGAAAUUGGGGAAGACGACUGGAGAUUAAUAGUAUCUGGCGCCUUGGACAGGUUCAGACUUGUCCCUCCACAGCCGUUGGAAGAAGAUGAGACAGCGGAAUUAGCAACUCUCGAGAUCGUCGAACAGCGUCUGCAGGUUUUAAUCAAGAAGGCCGAUGAAGUGGCGCGUAGGGCCCGCCAACUCAACUACCAUUUGAGCGGACGAAAAGCCUCAAUACAUGCGCGACGUGCGUCGCAGUCGGCUUCCGGCUCCACCUUCCAAGCCGUAAACCAGUCGAUGGGCUCUGGUGCUAAUCCUGGUUAUGAUUUACAUGCCGAUCUUCUCCAGCAGUUCCUUGCCCCCUCGCAACCUUCUAGUCACCGGAUCUCUUCCGUUGGUUCUAUACCACCAACGCCUAAUCCAAUGGCUGCUACUACAACAUCGACGCCAAGAACCUCUAUUCAGCAACAACAGCAAGCUCUUAUAGGUAGCAACCGGCCUUCUCCCAGCUAUCCCACCGAACCAGCCAUGAGGGAUGCCGAAGAAGAGAACCGCGCCUUGGUAACGGCCAAGAUCGAGAGACUAGCACGCGGGGACAUUAUACAUCCACCAUGUGACAGAUGCCGGAGGCUCAAGACACAAUGUAUAAAACAUUUGACCGCUUGCCAGGGAUGCACAAAGAAACACGCAAGAUGUGUAUGGAAAUACCUAACAGAAGAAGAGGUAGCUUGGCUCAAAGGGGAAGCCGGUGGAGAUGGAGACGAUGACGGAGAUGAACCGAGGGAUCCCAGCAGAGCUAUAUUCGGACCCCAAUCACAUGUCGAAUUCGGCGAACGGCGUCGGGAAUCGGAACACGGCGAAGAACCUAGCACAAGUAGAUCUGGUUCAAGGAUAGCUAUCGGCAGACCUGCCGACGAUGUCUGGAGAAAGGGGCCGGAGACGCAAAUAAGUAGGCAUGAGACCAUGGAGGUAGAUGUAAGAGAUGCGCGCCAGGGACAAGAGUACCAAAGGAAAGAAGCGGGUAGCGGGAUGUUUAGGGAGCCGAAGUCAAUGCUUAGCCAUAUGGCUUCUGUUGCCUCCGCGGCGGCAGAUGCUGCUGUUAUAUCACGGGGGAGUCAUCCACAUUCGGAAUAAGUGCUACGAAAACAAGGAAGCAACUAUUUUAGCUGUAUAUAAACCGUAUAUCGGUUAAUUAUCCUGUUCAUUCAGAUUUCU